AUGCGAUCAUUUGCAUUUCUUCUGUUAGCUGCUGGCGCGAUGGCCGGCACUGCACCGGCAUUCCCUAUUGGAGUUGUCUAUUCAGAAAACAACUACCAGGGAGAUACACAGAUCGUGUCAGUUGAUAAUUGUACUAAACUCGACGAACGCCUACGCGGCAAGGUCAACUCUGUCCUGCUGUCAGAAGGGGCAUUCUGCUUGACAUAUACCGAUGAGGGGUGUGCGGCAGAAAAUGUGGUAGGAGAGUAUCAGGAAAGCGUUGGUUCUACGGAACCACUGGCUGUAGUGGCUGUAUCUUGCCACAACUGA